AUGGACGUUGACGUAUCAAAAAUAAUUGUUGAUGAAAAUCGAGGCGGAUGGCUGGCUGCUGUUGAGACCCAUAAAAAAGAGGAACGAACGAAUAAUGUCGGAGUGUACGCCGUUAAGGGCACCGAGCGACGCCAAAUAGAAGAUACGCACAAAUUCUACGAAAAUCCGCUGAAUAUUAAAGCAUCAUUCUUCGGGGUUUUUGACGGACAUAGUGGGGCGUAUGCUUCGGGGUAUGCAGCGGAUGUCAUGAUGAAAGCUCUGGUCAGAAACGUAGCAGCUGUGAAGAAGUUGAUCGGUGACAGUACGCCUACCAGAUCAGGCGCUCUGACCAAAGAUAAUCAACCACAAGAAACUGAGCAACCCCCGCCUGAAACUGAGCGUAAAACUAAUUUGAAAACUGAGCGUUUGCGGACUUAUCUCGGAGCAGAAGGAGUAAUAAACUACGGAAGGCUUUUAACUGACGUAAUCCUAAUGGUAGACGAGGCUCUCUGCGACGAGUUUCUGCUUAAGCCUGCAGGUGUUCCACCAUCGGUGGGCUCUUCUGUCCUGAUUGCAGUAUUGGAAGGAUCGCAGUUGACCGUGGCAAACGUAGGCGAUUCCCGGGGUGUCAUGUGCGAUUCUGAUGGAUUACCAGUUGCAUUGUCCUUUGAUCAGAAACCUUCCAGGCCGGACGAAAAGAGAAGGAUCCAGAAAGCAGGUGGAACGGUGGUAUACGCGAUGGGCGCGUAUCGCCUUGACGGCUACUUAGCGCUGUCAAGGGCCAUAGGGCCCCACCCUGGGAAGAAGGAAAAACACCUCAUCGCCAACCCCGAGGUGAUCACCUUCGAUCUCUCCGAUUAUAAACCGCAAUUCUUGGUGCUGGCGACCGACGGUCUCUACGAUGUCCUGAGCAGUGCUGAUGUCGUCGCUUUUCUUCUGACGAGACUUCACGAACCGGAUUUCGGGGCGAGGAGUUUGGUCCAAUUAGCUCUUCUGAUGAGAUCAACUGAUGAUAUCACGGUCAUGGUCAUUAAUUUGAAAGAUCAAAAAUUGCCCGAACCCAAAAGGGCAAGGAGGGUUGGAUUUUUUAAACAUCGGGCGACGAGUUUUGCACGCAAACAUUUACCCUCUGGGAAAAAAACACCCUCUACCAAAAAAUCACCUUCUAGCAAAAAAUUACCUCCUAGCGAAAAAUCACCCUCCAGGAUUUCUGUUCCUCCUCCGUCUCCCCCUCCAUCAGAGGAGAGUUCAAAAGUGCCAACAAAACAGUGA